AUGGCGUUGACGCCGCUGCGGGUCACCGCGCUGCGGCACUCGGCCUUCUACUCCCCGCUGCUCUUCGCGGAGAAAGAAGGCCUGCAGCCGCACUACGCCCCCUCCACGCCCGAGAAGCCCGCGGUGCAGCAGUUGCAAAGCGGGGAAGCCCACGUGUCGCAGCUGGCUGUGGCCGCCAGCUUUGCGAGCCUUGAAAAGGCCGAGAAGCAGGAUUUGGUGCACUUUGCGAACAUCAACGAGCGGGAUGGCUUCUUCUUGGUGGGCCGCAAGAAGUCGUUCGACUGGAAGGAUCUCGAGAACAAAGAGGUGCUGGUCGACCACCUCUUCCAGCCCUUGGCGCUCAUCAAGUAUGCCUGCCACCUGAAGAAAGUGGACUACUCUUCCAUCAAGGUAGUGGACGCAGGCGGCCCGGACGCCAUGGAGGCUGCCUUCCGUGAGGGCCGAGGUGACUUUGUACACCUGCAGGGCCCAGCAGCGCAGCAGCUGGAGCACGAUGGCGUAGGCGCGGUGGCCGCCUCCUGCGGGGAGGCCAUCGGGCCUGUGGCAUUCAGCUCGCUCUGCGCCCAGAGGAGCUGGCUGCAGACGGACAUGGCGAAGGCCUUCCUCCGCGCGUAUGGAAAGUCUCGUGCUCUGGUGGCGGAGAUCACGCCUGAGGAGGUGGCUGAGGUGGUUCAGGUCUGCUUCCCCGAGAUCCAGCGGGCGGUGCUGGUGGAGACCAUCGCCACCUACCAGCGCAUGGGCUGCUGGCAGGGCACCGAGGCCAUCUCCACCCAGAGCUACGAGACGCUGCUGGACGCGUUCAUGUACGCGGGAGUGAUCACAAAGAGGCAUCCUUACGACGCAGCCAUCGCGCUCAUGGAGUGA